CCCCAACCAUAGCACACUUAUGAUUCAAGUUUGAAACAAACAAAACACAAGACAUGGAUUCUUCAAUGCAGUUACUACUAAUAAUGUUUCUGCUUUGUUUUUCCAUGUUAUGUGUUUUGUUUAUUCUACCUUCUUUACUUUCUCAAUCCUUGAAGCCAUUCCUUAUGCAAUUCUUUACCUUCUACCGCAUUGAUAAGUGUUACAUGUUCCUUUUAUGCAAUCUCCUUCUAGCUUUUAUAGUUUUCUAUUCAACUCUAAUCAAUGAAACCAUUAAGCAUAGCAUCAAAAACGAUAGCGGUAAUGAAUCAGAAUCAGAGAUUGUAGAAGAACCAAUUGUUGAUGAAAAUGUUGUGGAAAGUGAAGAGGAAGAAGAGAAUUUGAUGGUUGAUGAAAUUGAGAUAGAGGAAUUGAACAAGAAAUGUGAUGAUUUUAUUAAAAAGAUGAAAGCAACGUUCUGUUCUGAGACAAGAGCUUAUGGAAGAUUUUAUUUUGAUUGUCAUCAGAAAUCUCUUAUGCUUGUUAAUUAAUUGAGUAGUAAUUAAUGGAUAUUUAAUAUUAUCUCUAUCA